AUGGAAUCAUCAAAUAAUAAUAAACUAUAUCAAUUGUUUAAUGACAAGUAUAAUAGCGAUGAUAAUAGUCAUGGUAAUAACUAUAACAAUUAUGAUAAUUAUAACAAUGAUCAUGUUCCAAGAAACUUUCCCGAACAUUAUUUAGGUAACAAAUCAGGAUCAGAUUUAAAAUCUAAUGAUACAGAUUUCAGUUUACUCAUCAAUGUAAACGGUUCUACUGGAUAUAAAGCUAAUAACACAGACUGUUCCUCUACCUCAUCUUUAUUUUCCAGCGCUAUUGAUGACUGUGUUUGUGUCUCCAAUCCAAUGGGCUUUUGUAAACAUGCUUGUGACCAUAGUAAAUGCAUUGAAUUUCGCUUGAAAGUUCUUGGAAUAAACAAUCACAAUUAUCAACAGAGUUUGUUGUCAAGUUCAGACCAAGAGGUUCAAUCAUUUGAAGAGCAGCAUUUUCUUGAAAUGGAAUUGCUUCAAGAGGAAUAUUGGCAAUAUAGACAACAGCAAUUUUAG